AUGAUCAAUAAUAAAACCGAUAAAUAUUCAUGUAGUAAUUUAUCUUUAUCGGCUAUUGUUCCUGCUUCAUUACAAAGUAAUAAAAUCGAUGGAAAAGAAACGGACUAUUCAGUACCGAUACAAGAUCAUCUCAGUGAAGAUAAAUUAAUAAACACGGCUGAUUUAGUGGACAAUAUAGAAGAUGAAAUAAAAAAAAGUGUACGAAAAUAUCGACGAACAAACCGAGCAACUACAACAGCCAAUCGAGCUGAACGUCAAUGA